AUGCUGCCAGGCACCCCGAGACACCACGCACCGCCCCCCUCGAGCACCCCUCCGCCGACCAAAGCUGCCACAGCCGCUGCCGACCUGCCGCGUCCCUCGUCCCCGUCCCCGCCGGCGCACCGCCAGCAGCCCCAUGCCAGCGCGUCCACGGGCUCUGACACGACCACCAGCGCAGAGCUGUCCGAGCUGACUUCGUCGUCGUCGUCGCGCGACUCGAUCCCUACGCUGGACCCGGCUGCGGAGCUGCGCCGCCGUGAAACAACGCCCCAGAAGCCGGGCAAGAACCCCAGACGCGCCAAAACACACAAGACGAACAAAUGGACUAGCAACGGCGCCGGGUCCUCGGAUAGCACAGGUUCAGAACGCAAGACGUCGGUGCCGCAGGUGCCCCGCCACACCGCCCAGAGCGCUGCUUCGUCGCCCCAGAGCGCGCGCUCGCUGCAGAGACAGCAGUCGCACACCCACGCCGCCGUGCAGCAAGGACGCGCCAUGGCCACCACGUACGGGGGCCCGGCGGGCGACUCGCGGCGGGGGGUCGCCUCUCCCAGGCCCAAGGGCCGCGAAGCGAAGAACACCUUCUGCCGCAAUGUCACCAUCUACGGCCACUGCCGCUACGAGAACACCUGUCCGUAUAUCCACGAUUCCACCAAGCUGGGUCAAAACGAAAACAAAAUGAAGCGCUUCAACGUAGACUCUCCCUCCUUCACCCCGCUGCAAGCCAGCACCAACGGAGCUCUCACCCCCUCGUCGCGGAGCGCCGCAAUCUCCCCCAAAGCUGCAAAUGCCGCCAUAUUCACCCCCAAGUCGCAGCGUUCAGCUGCAAGCACGCCUAGCCUGCAGACGAAGGAGCCUGCCGUGGAAUGGCAUCCGCAGCAACAGGACUUCACCGAGUUUGUGCCCGGCCAGACAUUUGACAAUCAGAUGGUGGACCCCAACGCGCAGGCGCAAGCCUUGAGCUACGACCCCUUUACUGCAUCUUCUGCUAUAUCUGCCAUUACAAGCUCUGGCCACCAAACUGGCGCCAUCAAUCCCUAUGCUCAGGACCCUUCCCUCUCUGGCGCAUCGUAUUUCCAGAACGCGGGUGGAUUUCAGUCAUCACCCGCUUACCACCUCUAUUGGCCGGUCGGUCCUCAGCCAACGGGCCUGCUGGCGUACCAGCGCACCGCCCAUGACUUUUUCAUCCCAGACUCUGUGCGCGAGGAUCUACAAAAGAAAGCAGAGAUAUCCAGACAGGUCGCGUCAAAUUCUUCAAUACCUCCUAUAGAACAGUUCCAUUCUCUCUUCUGCUUGGACACGUCGCCGCAGAAGAACCAGUCGAUAUUUGGCUAUACGAACUGGGUGUACAAAGCCGUUUCCAGUAAGGAUGGAAACAUGUACGCCCUGCGUCGCUUGGAAAACUUCCGACUCACCAACGAGACCGCCAUACGCUCUGCCCAAGCUUGGAAGCGAAUACUGAAUGGCAGUGUGGUCACAAUCCACGAAGCCUUCACAACGCGGGCAUUCGGAGACAGCUCGCUCAUUAUUGUGACCGAUUACCACCCAAAUUCGAAGACGCUUGCCGAAGAACACUUCAAACAGGUGCCAAUGCAGCGCUAUCACGGCAGGCAGGCGGCAUCCUCACAUGUACCUGAGCAGGUGCUUUGGGGCUACUUGGUACAAAUCGCAUCCGCACUCAAGGCAAUCCAUGGUUCUGGCCUGGCUGCGAGAUUGAUUACGCCCUCAAAGAUCAUAUUAACAUCCAAAAAUCGGAUUCGACUCAAUGCCUGUGGAAUCCUGGACGUUGUGCAACAUGAAACCGCCCGACCUCUUCCAGAGAUGCAAGCAGACGAUCUCCUUCAACUCGGUCGGUUAAUCCUUUGCAUUGCAAAUGGAAACUUGUCUGCACAUUUGAAUAUGCAGAAGUCUAUGGACUACAUCACACGGAGCUAUACCGCCCGUUUGAAAGAGUGUAUACAAUGGCUGGUUAGCCCACAAGCAAGCACCAGUGCGCCUUCUUCGCCGACAACACCCGGAACCGUUCACAAGGAUAUUGACACGUUCUUGGGCGGCAUUGCAGACCAGAUGGCGACAGUCUUUGAUAGCGAGCUACAUGCGCAGGACACGCUGACCAACACUCUUGCUCGCGAGCUCGAGUCGUCACGCAUUGCGCGUUUACUCAUCAAGCUGAACUUUGUCAAUGAACGUCCGGAGCUCGACGCAUCACAGCACGUACCUGGCAGCACAGCACCGACUGCCUCAUCCCUUUGGGCGGAGACCGGGGACCGAUAUUAUCUCAAGCUCUUCCGCGAUUACGUUUUCCACCAGGUCGAUGCGAACGGCCAUCCUGUAACAAAUCUGGCGCAUGUUCUCGACUGCCUAAACAAACUAGAUGCCGGGACGGAAGAGAAGAUUAUGCUGGUCAGCCGCGACGAACAGAAUGUGCUCAUUGUCAGUUAUAGAGAGUUGAAACGUGGACUAGAAUCCAGCUUCCAGGAUUUGAUUCGAGCGGGACGGCAGUCGGGGAAAUAG